UUUUAAAUAUAAAUUUGAGAGUAUUUAAUAAAUUUAUUAUAUUAUAAUCAAUAUUUCUAUAAUUUACUAUUAUCAUUAUUAAUACAAUGUGUAUCAUGGAUUUAUCUCUAAAUGAAGAAAAUCUAACUCAAAUACUUAAUAAAUUAUCAGAAGAUGAGGUUAAAAUAGAAAAAAAUUUAGAAAAUAUACUUUCAAGACAAUGUCAUGUAGAAGCGAAAUUACAAAAUAUAAGUAAGGUAUUACCUAAUGUAGUUGUAAUACGUACAGAAGGAGAAAAAUUUUGUAAUAUGAUUACACGUACUAAUGAAUUAGCAGAAAAUGUAAGUGCUAAAGUAAGGCAAUUAGAUUUAGCAAGGAGUAGAGUAUAUGAAUGUCAAAGACGUGUUAAUGACAUUCUUGACUUACAAUUAUGUAGUGAAGGAGUAGCUAUGGCAUUACGCAAUGAAGAUUAUGAACAAGGUGCAGCACAUGUUCAUCGUUAUUUAUCAAUGGAUCAACAAUUAUUAGAAAGAACAGCUGAAGACAUUUUAAUGGAUCACACUAAUAUCAGUUCUUCUUUGAUUACAUUACAACAAGCUGCAUUACAACUUAGAACUGUAGUUACUCAUAAAUUCGAUGAAGCAGUAAAAUCAGAAGAUCUUGCAUCUGUUGAAAGAUUUUUUAAAAUAUUUCCUUUAUUAGGAAUGCAUACUGAAGGUCUUAAAAAAUUUUGUAGUUAUUUAUGCACAAAGUUGCAAGAAACAGCUCAAAAAAAUUUAAAAGCAGCUUUGGAAAUAAAAAGUAAUGAUAAAAGAGCAUCAGUUAUCUUUUCUGAUACUAUGACGUUACUAUUUGAAGGAAUUGCUCGUAUUGUGGAAAUACAUCAACCAAUAAUUGAAACAUAUUAUGGUCCUGGAAGAUUAUUAAUGACUAUUUCUAUUUUACAAAAAGAAUGUGAUAGACAAAUUAAAAAGAUUAUUGCAGAAUUUAUGAAACACCGAUAUAUAUCUAAAAAAGUACAGAUUGUAAAUGAACAUGUUCGAAAAUCAAAUUCUGAAAGGGCAGAUCCUAAAGAUUUUGAUUUAUUAUUGGGAGAAAUUACUAUAAUGCAUUCACGUGCAGAAUUAUACAUUAGAUUUUUAAAAAGAAGAGUUAAAAAUGAUAUCGAAAUUAGCGCAACAAAUGAUAUGCAAUACAAAGAUUUAAUAAGUGAAUUCGAAAAUAUUAUAAAUAAUUCUGAUUUAGCACAUGGCAUGCAAGAACUUCUAAGUGCUUAUCUUGCUUUAGAAAGAUAUUUUCUUGAAGAAAGUGUAAAUAAAGCAUUAGGAAUGGAUACUUUAGAUCAAGAUCAACAAACAUCUAGUAUGGUUGAUGAUGUAUUCUUUAUAGUGCAAAAAUGUAUAAGGCGUUCUAUGUCAAGUUGGAGUAUAGAUGGUGUUUGUGCUGUUGUUAAUAUGGCUUGUGGUAUAUUAGAAGGGGAAUUUGCAAAUAGAUUACGAAAUCGAUUACGACAAGGUUAUCCAGCAGGAUAUUUAGAUUUAACACAAGCUUAUAAUGCUCUUCUUCCAACAAGUAUACAACAUGGUCGUUUACAGACUUCAGAUACGGAACUCGCACGUUUAACAUUUUUGGCUUAUCUAAAUAAUACUGAUGUAAGUAUUGAGUAUGUCGAAACGCUAUGUAAAAGUCUUAGUCCAGAAAUAGAUGCAACAUUUCCUAAUAUGCAAAAUAAAGAUAGAGGUAAAAUCGAUAGCUGCUUGUCUGGCUUAAAAAGUGUUAUGUCGAUUUUGCGAGCUGUUACUGAUUAUGGCUUAGAACAAUUGCGAAUAAGCGCCGUCAAACCAAGAGUCACACCUUGGGUCGAUGCAUUUUUAUCUGUAGAUCAUCAUAUAAACGAGGAUGACUUAUUAAGAUAUGAAACGGAAGAACCUUUUGUACAAACUUUAAUUAUGAAUUUAGAAGGUUUACUUCAAAGUUUUAAAGGUAGUUUGACAACAUCUAAUUAUGAUGCCUUAAUUGGUCUUCUUACUGCUGAAGUCACAGCUCGAUUAGAAAAAGUUGUAUUGAAAUCUACAUUUAACAGAGCGGGAGGUCUCAUACUUGAUAAAGAAAUAAGAUCAUUGGCAAGUUACUUAGCUGCUGUUACUUCUUGGUCUGUACGUGAUAAGUUUGCACGAUUAACUCAAAUAGCUACUAUAUUAAGUGUUGAAAAAGUGGAAGAACUAGCAGAUUAUUGUGGUGCAGAUGCAAUAGCAUGGAGAUUAACACCUGCUGAAGUUCGACGUAUUGCUUCUAUGAGAAUAGAUUUUCGUCCAGAAGAUGUAAAAAGAUUAAAACUUUAAAACUUUAUCUAUCCAAUUAUAUUAUUAAUAUGUAUAUAAAAAAAUAUAAGAAAUAGUCAAUAAAAAUAAAAUUUCGAG